AAUAAAAAAAUUGGGUUGCAGGGAGCAUAAAAUACAAGAGUCGCAUCUCAACCUUUCUUGUCUUGUCUACUCUUUUGCGUGUUUUUUUGGUUGAAAAACAAAGAGAGUGGUUUUCGUUGUUUGAGAAACACAGGAACUAAAGCAGAAAUGGCGACGACGGUUCAGGCAGAGAAGAGACCCAAAACGAAGAUCGUGUGCACGCUGGGACCCGCAUCGCGCUCCGUUCCGAUGGUCGAGAAGCUUCUACGAGCCGGCAUGAACGUUGCUCGCUUCAACUUCUCACAUGGGUCCCACGAAUACCACCAGGAAACCCUCGAUAACCUCAGAGCCGCCAUGGAGAACACCGGUAUUCUCUGUGCCGUCAUGCUUGACACCAAGGGGCCUGAGAUUCGAACUGGAUUUCUCAAGGAUGGUAAGCCUAUCCAACUGAAACAAGGUAAUGAAAUAACCAUUUCAACUGACUAUAGCAUAAAGGGUGAUGAAAAAAUGAUUUGUAUGAGCUACAAAAAGUUGGCUGAGGAUGUGAAGCCCGGAAUGGUCAUACUGUGUGCGGAUGGCACCAUAUCAUUUACAGUUUUAUCGUGUGACAAAAAAUUGGGUUUGGUUCAAUGCCGGUGUGAGAACUCUGCCACUCUUGGUGAGAGGAAGAAUGUUAAUUUGCCUGGAGUGAUAGUGGAUCUCCCAACUUUGACAGAGAAAGACAAGGAAGAUAUCUUGGCCUGGGGAGUUCCCAAUAAAAUUGACAUGAUUGCUCUUUCUUUUGUUCGAAAAGGUUCUGACCUGGUGGAAGUCAGGAAAGUUCUUGGAAAACAUGCUAAGAACAUUAUGCUCAUGUCUAAGGUUGAAAACCAAGAAGGGGUUGCGAACUUUGAUGAAAUCCUUGCAAAUUCAGAUGCAUUUAUGGUGGCUCGUGGCGACCUUGGAAUGGAAAUUCCAAUAGAGAAGAUAUUUCUCGCACAGAAAGUGAUGAUUUAUAAGUGCAAUAUCCAAGGAAAACCUGUUGUUACAGCAACCCAGAUGUUGGAGUCGAUGAUCAAAUCUCCCAGGCCAACUCGGGCUGAAGCUACUGAUGUUGCCAAUGCAGUUCUGGAUGGCACAGACUGUGUGAUGCUCAGUGGCGAAACAGCUGCUGGAGCUUAUCCAGAACUUGCUGUUCGAACUAUGGCUAAAAUAUGCAUUGAAGCAGAGAGCACACUUGACUAUGGAGAUGUUUUUAAAAGGAUUAUGGAACACUCACCGGUACCCAUGAGCCCAUUGGAGAGUUUAGCUUCUUCUGCUGUUAGAACAGCCAACUCGGCUAAAGCGGUUCUUAUAUUGGUUUUAACUAGAGGAGGGAGUACUGCAAAAUUGGUGGCUAAAUACAGGCCAGGCAUGCCAAUUCUUUCUGUAGUUGUUCCUGAACUCAAGACUGAUACUUUUGACUGGGCAUGCAGUGACGAGGCCCCUGCGAGACACAGCCUGAUAUUCCGUGGAUUGGUUCCAGUAUUGAGUGCAGCGUCUGCUAGAGCUUCUCAUGCUGAAACAACUGAAGAAGCCAUAGAGUUCGCCAUGCAACAUGCCAAGGCCAAGGGUCUCUGCCAUAAUGGGGAUUCUAUUGUGGCACUGCAUCGUGUGGGCACUGCAUCUGUCAUCAAGAUCUUGACUGUGAAAUGAUCACCCAAUUAGGAGUUCUGAUUUUUGGCGAUUAUUUUAGAUGGUGCAUUGAGGUUUAAUCACACCAUUUCGAAUCUACAUUGGUUGCAAACUUACGUUAAAGCAAUUUAUUAGGAUGGGUUCCCUGCUUUUCUCAUACCCAUAUAUUAAGGUUUCUUUGUUUCAUUCGCCUUACCAUCGUGGCGAGUAGCCAUUUGUUUUUCUUUUGUUAAGAUUUUGUACGAGGCUUUUGGUGAACCAAAAAACUGCCUGCCUUCUGGAUUUUGAAUUUUUACUGUCUAAAGUUGUUUUGAUUGACAAGUGUAUGCUCUUUCUUUGUUUCA